AUGACUACUUCUGUGUCGGACAAGUGGCCGCUCUCCAGGUCUUUGAGCGCUUCCAAUAGGGACCAGACAAUAGUGAAAGUGUAUCCGUCCGGCACUUAUGGCCCACAGAAGAAGACCUAUGAAGACGCAGGAGUUCCUCCGGGUAAGAGACCCGAUAUGGCACCUGAUGUACCCCCACAAGAGUACGACACACAGCCAGCACAGGAUGACUCCAAAUAUGAUGACACCGAUAAAGGCACCAAAAAUGUGGAUGAUAAUAUUGGAGCGAAUGGCUGUAUAUGCGUUCCGUACUACCAGUGCGACGACGGAAAUAUCAUAACUGACGGCUCCGGUAUCAUAGAUCCGAGAAAGAUUAAACCUCCGGAGCAGGAGAUCCCACUAGAGUCCAAUUAUAAGCCGCCCUUUUGUGGCACAUUUCACGUGUGCUGUAAGGACCCGGAGUCGUCCACAACCAAACCGUACGUACAUAAGUGUGGGAUCAGAAACCCGAGCGGAAUCAACAAACGUAUUUUGGCACCCGAUGUGACCGGGGAGUCCGACUUUGGUGAGUGGCCGUGGAUGGCGGCUAUACUUAAGGUGGAAAACGGCGCUAAUCUGUUCCAAUGCGGGGGUGUUCUCAUCGAUCACUUGCACGCCUUAACCGCCGCUCACUGUGUCUCUCAGUUCUCUCAUAAUAGUGAAUACAAAUUAGUGGUCCGAUUGGGGGAAUGGGAUACACAAAAGACUAGUGAAUUCCUACACCACGAAGACUACAAAGUGGAGAAUAUAGUGAUCCAUAAGGCUUUCCGGAACGGGAGUCUCUGGAACGAUGUGGCGAUACUUAGGCUCGAGAGUGAAGUCCAGUUUAAGCCGCACAUCGAUAGCGUGUGUUUGCCAUCAAUUCAAGAAAAUUUCGAUUCAAUGCAAUGCGUGACCACUGGUUGGGGUAAAAGUGCUUACAGGGGCAGUUAUUCAAAUAUAUUAAAGGAAGUCAAAGUUCCGGUACUCAAUCACUACGAGUGUCAGACAGCGUUGACUCAAACAAGACUUGGACCUCGUUUUAGACUCCACGACAGCUUUAUUUGCGCCGGAGGUGAACAGGGGGUCGACAGUUGCAAAGGAGACGGAGGCGGCCCUUUGGUGAGCAGCAAAAAAACUUACAAAUCGUAG